GAACACCCAACCGGACCCUCUUCAGUUUCCUUCUCCGUUCUGUCGGCAACACAUUGAGCGAUGAAGGCCUUUAGGCAUACAAGAAUAGUAUAGUUUUUGGAGUAAAGUAAGGUCGAUGGCGUCGUUUAACAAUGGAAUAUAUAUUGAAAUUAUCUUUCGACUAUCUUGUCCUGCAUACCUUUGAGAAUACACAACUUAUAGACAUGCGCCUCCCUAGUCAUUAAUCGCUGUAUAGGAUGUACACAAGGCCCUGAGGUGAAGGCUACACCAUGGGCAACCAGGACAACCUUGAAGAGGUGUUCGUUGCAGUCAUUCGCCCGAAGAAUCAAGUCAGCUUAAGUUCAAAGGAAUACAGAGCAAAGUCAUAUGAGAUCCUGUUGAUAGAAGUACCACUGGAGGGGAAAGAAAAGAAGAGAAAGAAAGUUCUUCUAGCAGCAAAGAUCCCUGCCGGGGGAGACAGAACAAGAUCUAUUUUGAAUUAUGUAGAUGAGAUGACCAAGACCAUAUCCAAUAACCAAGGCCUCAUAGGGAAGCGUGUGGUGCACAUGAAGAAAUUCACCCUCAAUUCUGACAAUGAAGGCAAAGAGGUCUCCCUCUUUAUCGUGCCACUCGGUGUCAAAGACAACAGCAAGCCCUGCUACACGGCGGGGAGCCCCAGCUUCUACUGCCUUCAGGACAUGAUGAGGGUGUGCAGUGAGACCAGUGCCCACUUCUCCUCAGUCACCUCCAGGAUGCUGCUGGCCUUAGACAAAUGGCUGGCGGAGCAGCACACCGUACCCCACGCCAUCCCGGCACUGUUCCGGCCGGCGCCGGUGGAGAGGGUGAAGACGACAGUCAGCAACCCGGCGUACGCCAGCGGGCCUGAGCGCGGGCCCAGCGAGGAGGAGGGGCUGCACAUGGGCUACACCGCCCUGGAGGUCCGCAGCAAGAUGAUGUCGCUGGAGAAGGCGGACGUGUGCGUGUUGAACCCGCUCUACGGCUCGGACCUGCAGUACACCAACCGGGUGGACAAAGUGAUCAUAAACCCUUACUUUGGACUUGGAGCUCCAGACUACUCCAAAAUCCAGAUUCCUAAAAGAGAAAAGUGGCAGCAUGGACCUAACAGCGUUUCAGAAGACAAGGAGCGGCAGUGGGUGGACGACUUCCCCCUCCACCGCAGCGCCUGUGAGGGAGACACUGAGCUGCUCACCAAGCUCCUCGACAGCGGCUUCUCCGUCAAGCAGCUGGACAGCGACCACUGGGCGCCCAUCCACUACGCCUGCUGGCAUGGCAAGGUGGAGGCCACCAGUCUGCUGCUGGAGAAGGGGAAGUGUAACCCCAACCUGCUCAACGGACAGCUCAGCUCCCCGCUGCACUUUGCAGCCCGCGGGGGACACUCUGAGAUCGUCAAGCUCCUGCUGCAGCACUCUGAGAUAGACCGGCACAUCGAGGACCAGCAGAAGCGCUCCCCCCUGCAGGUGUGUGAGGAGAACAAGCAGAACGAGUGGGAGGAGACGGUGAAGUUACUGCAGCAGGCCAGCACCAAACCUUACGAGAAGGUGCGCAUCUACCGCAUGGAUGGCUCCUACCGCUCGGUGGAGCUGAAGCACGGCAACAACACCACGGUGCAGCAGAUCAUGGAGGGCAUGCGCCUGUCGCAGGAGAGCCAGCAGUACUUCACCAUCUGGAUCUGCUCAGAGAACCUCAACUUGCAACUGAAGCCGUACCACAAGCCCCUGCAGCACCUGCGCAUCUGGACAGAGAUCGUGACGGACCUGACGGUGCUGGACCCCCAGAGGGAGAACCCCCAGCUGUUCCUGCGGAGGGACGUGAGGCUUCCCCUGGACGUGGAGAAGAAGGUGGAGGAUCCACUGUCCAUCCUGAUCCUGUUCGACGAGGCCCGCCACUCUCUGCUCAAGGGCAUGUUCCCCUCCCCGGACAGCAAGCUGAUCACCCUGGCCAGCCUCCUGCUGCAGAUCAUCUACGGCAACUACGAGAGCAAGAAGCACAAGCAGGGCUUCCUCAAUGAAGAAAACCUCCGGUCUAUAGUUCCAAUGUCUAAAGUGAAAAGCAAGGCGUACCAUUGGACCAACAGGAUCCUUUACGAAUACAAGGCCCUGAGCACCAGUGAGGGUGUGAGCAAGGAGAUGCACCACCUACAGCGGCUCUUCCUGCAGAACUGCUGGGACGUCCCCACCUACGGGGCAGCCUUCUUCACAGGGCAGGUGUACACCAAGGCCAGCGCCAGCAACCACAAGGUCAUCCGGGUGAUGGUGGGCGUCAACACCAAGGGGCUGCACCUCAUGAACAUGGAGACCAAGGUGCUUCUCAUCAGCCUGGAGUACGGGGGGUUCAUGUGGCAGCUGGGCCAGGCAGACCUAUACUUCCAGAUCCACAGCGUGGAGAACAAGAUGAACAUCAUCGUCCACACAAAACAGGCCGGCCUUAUUGUGAAACUUCUCAUGAAGCUCAGUGGACAGAUGACUCCAAAUGACAAGAGCCUUUCGGACAAGUAUGCCUAUGGUUGAACUAUAGGGAACGACAUUCCCCUGGUUGCUAUGGACCAACUGGUCAUUGUGUGUGUGAAAUAGGCCCAUCCUAUAUACAGUGUGUGUGUUUUGGCUGUGCUUGAGUUGUGUGCUCUGAAUUGAUGUGCUUGUUAUGUAAAAUGUCAUGUAAAUAUGAUUAUUUAAUGGUUAAUUUUUUUAUUUUGUUAUGAUUUAUAUAUAUGGUAUGUACUAAACAUAAAUAUUAUUUUGCUGAA